UCCUCUCCUCCGCCGUGUAGCUAGCGGCCGGGCGGACUGCGCUCGUGUGUAGGAGUGACUGUGCGGCCGUCUGAUAGCCUAUCUCCGAUGCUAGGAGCCGGCAGGAUGGAAGAAUUCGUAACCGAGGAAGAGGAGCCAUGGUACGACCAGCAGGAUCUGGAACAGGACCUGCACCUGGCAGCGGAGCUGGGCAAGACCCUGCUGGAGAGGAACAAGGAGCUGGAGGAUUCCCUUCAGCAGCUCUACAUCACCAACGAGGAGCAGGUGCAGGAGAUCGAGUACCUGUCCAAGCAGCUGGAGAUGCUGCGGGACAUGAAUGAGCAGCAUGCUAAGGUGUACGAGCAGCUGGACGGCACAGCCAGGGACCUGGAGAAGACCAACCUCAACCUGGUGCUGGAGAGCAAGGCCUCACAGCAGAAGAUCGAGAGGUUGACUGGUACCAUCGAGCUGCUGCAGGGCCAGGUGGAGAGCCUGACGGCGCAGGUGGAUGAGCUACGCUCCCUGGAGCAGCUGAGGGUCCGUCGGGAGAAACGGGAACGCCGGAAGACCAUCCACUCAUUCCCCUGCCUCCGGGAACUCUGCACUGCUCCCAGGUACGAGGACGGCUUCGUGGUGGGCAGCGUGGAGAGCCUGGCGCAGAGUGAGACGGCGUCGCGGCGGCCGGCGGAGGCGGUGGAGAACGAGCGUCUGCGCGACGCGGCCUCGUCCCUGCGCUCGGCCAUCCGCUCGGAGCGGGCGCGGCGCGAGGGCGCGGAGCGGGAGUGCGAGGCGGCGCUGCAGGAGUUCGGCCGGCUGGAGGAGCGUCUGGCGGCGGCCGAGGGCUGCAGCAUGCGCGUGCGCGAGCUGGAGACGGAGCUGCGCGAGCUGCAGACGCUCCGCCGCACGCGCUUCCUGCUGCUGGGCGGCGACGACGACGGCGGCCACGGCCUCGCCCAGACGCUGCUCAGCCACGCCCCCGAGACCGACACGCCCCAGGACCGCAGCGGCGACGCCGGCAGCAGCGGCUACCUCGACGGCGACGGCUCCUACGACGAGCAGGACGGCGUGUUCGAGGGCCGCGCGGAACUCCCCAACUCCAGCCCCGUGCGCAAGAGCUGCAGCGACACGGCCCUGGACGCCAUGGUGUCGCGCGACGCCUCGGGCCGGCGGCGGGGCAGCUACGCGCUGCACGCCAACAGCGUCCGGCGCCGCGGCAUGUCCAUCCUGCGCGAGGUGGACGAGCAGUACCACGCGCUGCUGGAGAAGUACGAGGAGCUGCUGGGCAAGUGCCGGCGCCACGAGGAGAGCCUGCGCCACACCGCCGUGCAGACCUCGCGCCCCGUCUCACGGGACCCCUCCGUCAAGGACGGCUACGUCGGCCCGCACGCCCACGCGCACCUCCCCCCCUCCACCUCCACCUCCUCCACCUCCACCACCACCACCACCGCCACCGCCGCGCCUCCAGAGGGGGUAUCUAAGGCCACAGAUGCCCCGGGGGGUCACCCGCGGGGGCAGAGCACGCCGGAGUACAAGGCGCUCUUCAAGGAGAUCUUCUCCCGCAUACAGAAGACCAAGACCGACAUCAAGUCCACCAAGAAGUCCGGCAAGUCGGGCAAAGCGGGCAAGUCCAGCAAGUCCAACAAAUGAGGUUUUUGAAGAGAACGGGCUGGUCAGUGAGAUGGUAGGAUAGCAUGGGACCACGUGUCUCCCCAAAGGUAGGAAGAGAGAGUCUGGUUUUCAGACGCCACUUGAUCAACGGCUUUGCGUUCGUGCCGGGAGAUGAGCCAGGUGAGCUCUGUGACUCCUUGAGCCACCUGUGGAACGACAGGUAUUCGAUCACAGGUACCACCACACCUGUGCUGAGGUGAAUCAGCCCACAGGUGUGUCCCAUUAUUAAGUCAUCCUCUGAUGGGCUCCACCUCAGGGAAUCAGCACUCUUCAGCAAAAAAAAAAAAAAAACCUUAUGAAAAGAGGACACUCAAAGGCCCACUAUGACAACUAUUGCAAAUUUAAAUGACAGGAAUUAAGGGAACAGUCUCUCAGUCAAAUAUACGGCAGACUCUAGCUGCAGUCUCUCAAGACAGACACACACACACACACACACACACACACACUCCUACUGUAUGUGAAGUAGUUCAGUGGUUAUAAGUGACACAUUCAUAGGUGUUCUGUCCUGGGGCUUACAGUCAGUUCACUGACACAGCAGUGCAACUCUACUUGUUCAGCUGGAAAGUUAACAUGCUUGGGAGGGGAACUGAAGAUAAAUGUGUAAUUUGGCCACGAUGCAAAGACAUUAGAUUUGAUUAAGAUAUCUCAACACUUUGACAGCUUACUGGCUGCUUAUAAAAACUUGUCAUGUACUGUACAUCAUUAACAUAUUUGGUUAACCUCUAAAAAUGGCCUCUGAAAAUAUGUAACUCGGGAAUUUGAAAUGUAGAUCACCCAAGCACAGUUUUUGUUUGGUUCGUAACCAAGCGAAACUGUACUGGAAUUGAGUUACCUGGCUCAGAACUCUUUGACUUGAGUCAAGUAUUUGAAAUCACUUACUAUUCAGAACAACAAACAAAAUGGCCUGCUGCAGACAUAAUUGGUCAUCCUUGCCUUUGCCUACCUGACUACAUGGAAUAUGAACUUAACCACUUAAUUCAAUUUUCAGGACAAUCUGAUCCAAUCUAAAAAUAUAGUAAGUGUAACCACUGCAGAAAAUACCAUUUUGCGUCCAUGAGGCUAUUUCCCUACGGGCUUCUCUUACUGAAACAGGGCAUUACUAAGGUGGCUAAGUAACAAACAAAACAAACAAAAAAAACCUUCCUGUCUGUGAGACACCUUUCUGCGUUUGCAUUUAUCCGUUGACCCUUGAUUGACCUGAACUCCAGCCUAGAUGUCCUCUAUUCCGCUCUGCUAUGCUUUGACUGCCUUAAAGGGUUCUCCUCGGCCUCACACGUACGCAAAUCCUCCUGAUGUGCUCUCGUCAGCAGAACCUGCAGGCCAACAAAUAGUAAACUUACAACUCUCACAGAGGCAGAAGUUAAUGCCACAGUAUAAGGGACGGUGAACUGAGCGUAAUGUGACCUAGCAUUGAACUGCAGUGAUAAUUGAGGAGGGAAUUAGAGGGUUCUAGACUCUUCAUAGUAGGGAUGCACAAUAUUAUUUGCAAGACAUCGAUAUCGGCAGGUAACAGCGUAAGAAUGGUAUUAUCGGCAUCUGCAUUCUGCAGAUAUGAACAUUCCUGGCAGAUGAAUGGGCAAGAUUAUUAUUGGCACAACGUAUACCGUUUGGGUGUCAAGCAUCAUACAAAUCUGAUUCUAUCAUUUUUUAUCAGUCUUAAGACCAAUAGGUUCAUUCUAGUGCAGGAGAGACCCUUAAAGGAAAUAAAAAAGAUGUAUGUAAAUAAAUUGGCAUCGGCAUUGCUAACUGGCAUUUCUUAAAUAAAUAUGAAAAGGUUAUGUAGCAAAGGGACAGAGCAGUGACCCCACCCGGUCUUGAACCCGGGUAUCCGGGGUAAUAACUCUGCAGCUUGACCGCAACACCAAAGAGCCAAGCCCGUUGGUAUGGCAGUCAUAGUGCAUAUUCAACUGUAGUGACGGUACUCAGUCACAGGUUAAGGCAUUGAAUAUUAGCAGAAAUAUCUAUAUUGUUAUCCAUAUCGAUAUUGAUAUCAAUAUUCAAUAUUGUGCAUCCCUAACUUUUAGUGUCACCCCACACCCUCCACGCACUAUGUAGUGGCCGCAUUUAAGAUACUGCAAGAUGUAGAAGGGAAGUAAAAUAUAAAAUAUGAAGAAUCCGAAAUGAAUAGGAAUAACAGGGAAUGUGAUAUUUAUAUGCUUAAGACAUUUAGAUAUCACAGAUAAAGAAAAGGAUCUACAUCACUUAAGAGAUAAUAGUGAUUUAUAAGAAGUGUGUUCUUUACUACGGGUGUAGGCCUUGCCAAAAACCAUUCCAAGCCUUUUGCAUAUGUUUCGUUUUUGUUAUAUCAUGUAGCUUUAGUAGUGUGUUUACUAAAUGAAGUUGUAUUGUUUUUAUUCAUGCAAGCAUCAGAGCUGAAUGGGUUCUGUGUCUUCUCAGUGUUCAGUGAAAAGUAACGCAAGAUGAGAGCAGGAACUUCCACCAGAAUUCCAUAGCCUGACGUUAUUGUGCCAUAGAAUCACAGGGAAGAAAAUACAAACAAACAAACAAACAAACAAAUCAAAACAUUAUAAUCUGCUCAAAGCUGCUUCAAGAAUGCCUUCAGGAUGCCAUAGAGGGAUUAGACAAACACUGACUUCCUCUUACGUGGGAUAUUUGUGCCAAUUUCUUUGCCGCUAAAGCAGCUAGCUACCCAUUCGACUCCUGCGGCAUGCAGACAUUGAUACCAAAGCAUAGUUACUUCAGCUCUGUCAAUCUGAAGAGAGACUAUUAAUUCUGUGUUCUAUUACAUUUUUAAUCCUUGCUUAGUUACAGUAAACAGGCUAGUAUCACAUGAUUAAAAACUCUCUAACUUUCUUUUCUCAGUGUGUGUUACAAUUUAGAAUAACUUACCUAUAGUUCCAUUUAUGUUUCACUCCAGGAAUAUAAUUUUUACAGGUAGCGGAUUAUGUUAUGGGUGGGGUUUGAUUUAUAAUGGUUUUGAUUACAGAUUAAAAUCUGUCUCGUCCAUGUUCACCACCAUGGUGUAUGCAUGUAUGUAUGUAUGUAUGUAUGUACUGUAUGUAUGUUGGUCAUUCCUCCAGACCCUCUCUCUUUUGCACUUUUAAGAGAGCUGUGAGCCUUGUGUGAUCAUGUACUAAAGCAUUUAUUCCCUUUGUUGCAGAACUCUAUGGUGCCUAUGUCAUGUCAUAUCAUAUCAUAUAUCAUAUCUUAUCAUAUCAGUGAACACUAUGCUUCUUUUCCUCCUGCUUUAUGCGUUGUUGGGCUUUUUAGUGUGCAAAGCUAAUAUAAUAGCCUAGUCUCUUUUCCUCCGCAUCCAUUCUCUGUAAGAAAACUGAAGCCGUGCAUUCUUAAAAUGUACUGUACUGCUUUCCAAUCUUAACACGCUUUUAUGAAAAUAUGACUCUCUGACGAGGACAAACUCUUCGGAUGUAGCCUACUCAACUUUCUCCAAUGGUGAAGAUUGGGAAGAUAUGAAUAUAUUAAGUUAUAUUUGAUGUGAAAUGAGACUUGUCAAGCUUGGCUUGCCAGGGUCAGCAAGUGUGACUGAAAACGACUCUGCAAAGCUCAACGUAUCUGAUUUAAUCACUCUGUUUUGCUCUUUACACAAUUAAAGCAUU